GGCAAGGUUGGGAAUCGUCUUUCAACUUCAAAGAAAAUUAGUUUACGUACUACCGAGCAUACAAGCGUUCGGGUUUGCACAAUCCCCGCACGGAAAAAUUCCACCAACUGAUCUAUUUUGCGAAAGUCAAACCGGUCGAUCAUGGCGAUGAAAAAGCAAAAGGCCGGCAAAGGCAAGAAAACGAAACACGAAGAAAUUGUGGAGGAGGACGAAGACGAGAGCGACGACCAAUCCGAGGCCGACGAGUCGGACAGCAACGACGACGACGAUUCGGACAGCGAGUCUGGAAGCGAUGGGGACGAGGAUGUAGCAGCCUCGUUGUUCAAGGGGGCGAAUGAGGAGGAAGAAAGCGAGAAUGACGACGACGAAGACGACACGGACGACGAGGACCAACCCGCGUCGGCACUGCCAUCGGAGCCAUACACGUUUGAUCUGCGCAACAUGCUCGCCAUCAAUACGGACCAGCUCGAGGUUGGUUCGUUGCACAAGAGUUCGAAGAAGAAGAAGUCGGAUGCGGGCGGCAACGAAGAAAUUCCCCUCGCCAAUGCAGCCUUCGAAGUCAACGAGGAGUAUUUGCUGUCGAAAGCUACCGAUGGUUGCACCCAGCUCAUCGAAGCCCUGUGGAAGCUUCCAACGGAGGCAAGUGAUGCCGGACCAUUGGUGACUCUGCCUACCUACGACGAGGUUCGACUUCCGAGAGCGAUGGUACGUUAACGCAGGGGAUGCAUGCCUGCUAUUGUGUUGUUGCAGAAGAACAGAUAUCAGGAAUUUCUAUUCUUCCUUGACUCACCCGACGGUCGAUCUUGGUUAUCUGCUUGAACCUGCUGUAUGUUGCAUCGCGCCUUUGUGGUAUGUUUGAUGUUGUGAAUUGUGUGGUUUGGUGAAACCCGUCCGAUGCGACAACCAUCGUUCUUGCCCGGGCAGCCACCACCGCCCCCGAAACAAGAAACAAAAUGGGAGAAAUUUGCCAAGGCCAAGGGAAUCCCUCUCAACAAAGAGAAGCGAUCGAGAAAGGUCUGGGACGAAGGCACUGGUACGUGGAUGUUCCGACACGGGUACCAAAAGGCCAACGCGAAAGAAGGCGAGUGGCCGAUCAUGGAGGUCGGUGCAAACGACGAUCCGUUCGACGAUCCCUGGGAGAAACAGCGGGAGGAGAAACGAGCCCGGCUCGAUCGAAACAUGGAGCGCCGGCUGAAGAACGAGGAGCGGGCCGGAAACCUGACAAAGGGCGCGACCAAUCGAACCAUGAAGGCCCGGGAACAGGCCUACAAGGCGGGCAAGGAGGCGGGCAGAAAGGAUUCCAGGUCGACGCCCGUGGGCCUGCCGAUCGAUCUGAAAAACAGCAACGACCCCCGAAAGGCCGCCGACAACAAGCUGCGGGGGAAGUCUUCCACGCUUGCUGCGCUGUCCGCGGUUCAGAGGUCCACGGCGUCCCUCGGGAAAUUCGACAAGAUGCGGGAGGGCGAACCCGAACGGAAAAAGGUCCUGUCGAAGACGAAGAAGCGCAAGUACGAGAACCCCACCGACAAGAAGGUGCUGCAAUCCGAGGGAGACUCGUCGAUGAAGAUCCUGAACGCCGUCAUGAACGGAGGCGGAGCUGCCAAGGCCAAGGCCAUCCGAAAGGGCCAGCUGGCCAAGGGAGAGACUGCGUACGAUUACGAAUUCAACGACGGGCUCGGAGCAUCUUCCUUCCGAAAGAAGAAGGGCCGUGCCGGGGUCGGCAAGAUGAAGAAAAUGACAAAGAAACGUGCGAAAUAGAUUGCCUGCUGGUGGCGCAUGAGUUUUGGUUCUGUAGCAAUCGUGAUUCUUGGAUGGGGUAUACUACAAUAACAGCCGUAUGUGCCAAAUACAACAGUCAACGUCGCAUAAUAUUGUACUUUUGUUGAAUACUACUGCGUUGAACUGUACUGUACUGUCCUUCAGUAUCAUGGUGCUGCUUCCUAUCCACCAAAUAUCAUUAUUUCCAGAUUCGAUUGUCACUGACAGCGUUUUGUACAAUGACCAGGAUGUACUUGUAAAAGAACGAUUUCGAGGAGUACUACUUAUGUUUCCUUCAGAAGUACUAAUAUACUGUACCGUAUUAUUUUGUACUAGUGCACGGAUUGGAAUAUAGAAUAUACUCAAUU